AUAUUCAUUUAUGAACCUGUCUUGUUUGUUUUUCUCUUGUGUGUGUCUUUCUGACACAAUAGUUUUCGUGAAUGGUAGAUUCUGUCUAUCAAAUAAAGCAAAAGGGUUUCUUUCUUAUUUUGAAAAUUAAAAAUCCAUUUCAGAAUUCUUAUCAAUUACAAUUUCAAUAUCUAUCCAUUAGUACAAUUUAUCAAGGUGUUUUUUUUUCUCACUAUUUGUAAAUGGAGAUGCUAAGAGGAGAAACAUUUCUAUGUUUUGUUGCAUUUUUCUUGUUUUGGAGUUCUUCAAAUGCUUUGCUUUCAUCGAAGGGAAUAAACUUUGAAGUUCAAGCUUUAAUGGGAAUAAAAACUUGUUUAGUUGAUCCUCAUGGUAUUUUAGAAAAUUGGGAUGGUGAUGCUGUUGAUCCAUGUAGUUGGAAUAUGGUUACUUGUUCAUCUGAGAAUCUUGUUAUUAGCUUGGGAAUUCCUAGUCAAAAUUUAUCUGGUACAUUAUCUCCAAGCAUUGGAAACUUAACCAAUCUUCAGACAAUAGUGUUACAGAAUAACAACAUAACAGGACCAAUACCUUCAGAGCUAGGAAAACUUUUCAAGCUUCAAACACUUGAUCUCUCUGAUAACUUCUUCAAUGGAGAAAUUCCUCAUUCUCUUGGUCAUCUGAGGAACCUCCAGUACCUGAGGCUUAAUAAUAACAGUUUUUCUGGAGAAUGUCCAAAUUCACUGGCUAACAUGGCACAGCUAGCUUUUCUUGACUUGUCAUUCAACAAUCUUAGUGGUAAUGUGCCUAGAAUUUUGGCCAAAUCAUUCAGUAUUGUUGGAAACCCUCUGGUGUGUGCUACAGGAAAAGAAACAAACUGUCAUGGGAUGAAACUCAUGCCUAUGUCCAUGAACUUAAACAAUACUGACUAUGCAUUACCAUCAGGCAGAACAAAAGCUCAAAAAAUGGCUAUGGCCUUUGGUUUGAGUCUUGGAUGCCUUUGUUUGUUAGUCCUUGGAUUUGGACUUGUACUAUGGAGGAGGCAUAAGCAUAAUCAACAAACAUUCUUUGAUGUUAAAGACCGACAUCACGAAGAAGUCUACCUUGGAAACUUGAAGAGGUUUCAAUUAAGAGAACUUCAGAUUGCUACUCACAAUUUCAGCAACAAAAACAUCUUAGGAAAAGGUGGUUUUGGAAUUGUAUACAAAGGAAUUCUUUCAGAUGGAACACUUGUGGCUGUAAAGAGACUUAAAGAUGGCAAUGCAAUUGGAGGAGAGAUACAAUUUCAGACUGAAGUUGAAAUGAUCAGCUUGGCAGUUCAUAGAAACCUUCUCAAACUGUAUGGAUUUUGUAUGACAACAACAGAAAGACUUUUAGUUUAUCCCUACAUGUCGAAUGGCAGCGUCGCUUCUCGUCUCAAGGCUAAGCCAGUGUUGGAUUGGUGCACAAGAAAACAAAUAGCCUUAGGAGCAGCAAGAGGACUACUAUACCUUCAUGAGCAAUGUGAUCCAAAGAUAAUCCAUAGAGAUGUGAAAGCUGCAAACAUAUUACUUGAUGACUAUUGUGAAGCAGUAGUUGGAGAUUUUGGUUUGGCAAAACUUUUAGACCACAAAGAUUCACAUGUAACAACUGCAGUGAGAGGAACAGUAGGGCAUAUAGCACCUGAGUAUCUUUCCACAGGACAAUCUUCUGAGAAAACUGAUGUAUUUGGAUUUGGCAUUUUGCUUCUUGAAUUGAUCACUGGUCUUAGGGCUCUUGAGUUUGGAAAAGCAGCCAACCAGAAAGGAGCUAUGCUUGAUUGGGUAAAGAAAAUUCAUCAAGAGAAGAAACUUGAGUUGCUUGUAGACAAGGAUCUCAAGAACAACUAUGACAGAAUUGAGCUUGAUGAAAUGGUUCAAGUAGCACUCUUAUGUACACAAUAUCUUCCCGGUCACAGACCGAAAAUGUCCGAAGUUGUUCGGAUGCUCGAAGGCGAUGGUCUAGCCGAUAAAUGGGAAGCUUCUCAAAAAAAUGUUGAUAACACUACCAAGUGUAAACAACAUGAAUUAUCUUCUUCGGAUCGCUAUUCGGAUCUUACUGAUGAUUCUUCUUUGUUAAUCCAAGCCAUGGAGCUUUCAGGUCCUAGGUGAAAUUUUCCUAGAUAUCUUUAUUAUUAUGUUUUCUAGUUUUGUAACUAGUUUUCUAAAGAAAGCAUAUGAAAUUUAAGAACAUGUGAUAGUUGAGUCCAUGAAGGUUAUAUGUUGUAUGAUAGAAGUAUCUGAAAUAGGCUUUUUGGUUUUUGUUUUUGAAAAUGUAUAUACUUAUUUGUUGAUCUUGAAUUUGAAAUGCAAAUAUUUUGUAAUUUAUAACAUGAAGUGCUUUACUAGGUUUUCAAUGAUCAA